AUGGCAUUGUUCCAAUUGCUUCCAUGUCCUUCUAGGGAAUCUGCGCAAAGUACUCCAUCACCUCCCUCCUCCCCUACCUCUUCUUAUUACGAUGUGUUCCUUAGUUUUAGCAGUAAGGACACCCGCAAGAAUUUUAUUGACCAUCUCUAUAUUGCUUUAAAACAAAAGGGUCUUAUCGUCUUCAGAGACGAUGAAAGACCUGAGCGUGGAAAAUAUAUUUCACGAGAACUCUUUCAAGCAAUAGAAGAGACCAAGUUUGCAGUCGUUAUCCUCUCAACAAACUACGCUUCCUCAACGUGGUGCUUGGAUGAACUAGUAAAGAUUGUUGAAUGCAUGAAACAGAACAUGUUGACAGUUUUGCCAGUCUUUUACCAUGUGAAUCCCUCUAAUGCACGGAACCAGGUGGGUAUUCUUGCUUCAGGGAACCAGACUUUUGCUGAAGCCUUUGCAAAGCAUGAAAGAGAUCCCAAAGUUAAGAUUGAGGAUUUGCAAGCAUGGAAAGCUGCUUUGAAAGAAGUUGGCAAUAUAUCUGGAUGGCAUGUACAACAACACAGGUAA